AUGAGUCUCACUGCCUUAGACCAAGAUUCCGUGAUCGAAAUUCGUCAAGAAGCUUCAUCACCCACCCCGUUGAGCCCUCCCUUAGUCUCUGCAGACCCUCGUCAUAAAAUCCUCUUUCGACACCCCCAUUAUUCCGAUUCAACCAACGUGCUCCUUUGUCUAUUUGCGCCGGAUGGCCUAGUUGGAGGUAUCGAAUACGGUGUUGCGCACGCCGCUUGUGGUUUGAUCAGUGGAAAUCAAUGGAAUGGCUGGUUUACAACAACAGUUGAUGGAGCUGCUUCGACUCUUACAUAUGGUGAUAUUCUUCACGAACGCGAUUAUUAUUUCCAUCUCCCCGAAUCCUCCUUCGAAAUCCCAUAUGCUAUCGUUCCGACAUUUAAAGAAUGGAGCUUCCCCCAUGACAACCUUCAUCCUUGUUGGAAAACCAAUCAAGAUCAUAUACCUUUGUUUGGCAGAAUCACAGCACCGUCACUGUUCAGUGCAGCUGUAGUUGCUAGAGAUAGAUCAUGUCGGAUGAGUGGAUUUUCAGAAGGCACACAAGCGGCAUAUUUGUGUCCAAGGAGUGAAAAGGAGUGGUUCAAAUUGAAUAGAAUGAAGCGUUACAAUAUAAACCCUUUGCUUUCUACAGCACAGUUAAUGGAGGAUACAGCGAAUGCUUUGCUAUUACGUCAAGAUCUUCAUUAUCAAUUUGAUACCCACACAUUUGUCUUUGUACCAAAGAAAGUCAGAGGAAAAGAAGAGACACCUUUUGUAACUCAUUUGCUUGUUCCUUCGCAGGAGCUAGGAAUUCUGCAUCACAAUAUGCGUCUAAAACCAAUCCUUGAUGUUGAUAUUGCAUUCCUUUUUGCUAGGUUUGCCUGGUCAAUAUUCAGUCUCUUGUCCGACUUUAUUGAUAUCGGUGUGAAGCGGACAUUAAUCGGGACAACAAUUUCCACCGAGUCUGGUGACACGAAUGAAAGCGUUCGGCAUCAUAAACGACAAAAGGAUGAUGAUACAGCAGAAAUUGCUUCUGAGGUUAGCCAUGGUACCGAAACUUCAAAGGAGGGGAUCACCACCCCAACAAGCACUGAUCACUUGAACUUUUUAAGGAUUAUGUGGCUUAUGAGAGAACGUGAACGUUCAGAUCCGAACAAGACAUGGUCGGAAGAAGAAGCGUGGGCUCAUCAUAUUCGGAAUGAUGACCAGGUGUUAGAUCCAAGAGAUACAAAGAGGCUGUUUGAAUUCAUGGGAUAUGAGGAAAGGGAGUGUGAGCUGAAGGAAGAUGAUCCGGAGAAGAAUGAUUCGGUUAUCGAGGAUUGA